AUGUCUUCGUCACAAUCAUUAUAUGGCAUACGUCGACAGAAAUCGGAAGCAUCCAAGAAAGAUCUCGCGUCCUCCUCUACGCUCGCCUUCACUACCCAUCUUUCCUCACUAAUAGCAAAGGAAUCUAAAGCUCCCAGUUCCAGUGUUGAGAGUGCAUCGAGUUCGACUGUUUCUCGUGGCCGAGCCAGAAAAUCUCAAAAACCAGAUAUAUUCUCCGUACACAAUAAAGGUGCAGAAAAACGAGCAGCAGCUGAUAUAUCCAGCGAUAAUGCGGCACUCCAGAUCCAUAAACGAGGCGUAGAUAUCGGCGAGGUCGACGACGCAGUUCUUAACCGGUCCAAGAGAAAAAUGCUAGAGAAGACAAGAUUAUAUGAUGAGCUUCAGCAAGGAGAAUACCUGGCCCAGGGAGACAGUGAUAGCGAUGAGGCAGAGCAGCCCGACGAUCGAUUUUCAUCUGUACGGCGAGCGGAUAAGCAUAGCCUUGUUAACUUUGAUAGGAAAUGGGCGGAGAGCAGAGCAUCGAAAACAGAUACCAAGGACGCAGUAGACGACGAAAAUACAUUCGUUGAAUAUGAAGACGAAUUUGGCCGGACAAGAACAGGCACAAAGGCAGAGGCGGCAGAGGCUCAACAGAACCGACAAGCCCAGCAGGAGCGAUCUGACCUGGACGACGAAGCGAUUGAGCGGAGUAUCAAACCAAGCCGUGUCCCAGUAGCUGCUCGCCCGUCUCGUCCUUCAAACGUCAUAUACGGCUCAGCUAUUCAAGCUGCAGCAUUCAACCCGGAUGAAAAUGUCACAGCUCAAAUGUCGAAUCUUGCAAAGAAACGAGAUAAGAGCCCUACACCGCCGCCUGAAACGCACUACAAUGCCGAAGGAGAAGUUAGAACCCGUGGAACUGGAUUCUAUGCAUUUUCACAAGAUGAAGAAAUACGAAAGAAGGAAAUGGAGGAACUUAUGGCUUCCAGAAGCGAAACGACGCUUGAGAGGGAUCAGGCAGCUAUGAAGAAAGAGGCGAGAGAGAAAGCGAAGCAAGAAAGGAGAAAGAAGAUCGAAGAGCUUAGAGCUAAAAAGAGGGCCGAUAAGUUUUUGGGCGGCCUAGAGACUCUUUUACCUUCCGGAGAAACUUCCAAAGACUCCGAGGGAAAUGCAGCAGAUUAA